CUGGGCUGCUCUGUGAGGCCUGCAGGGGCCUGGGGCGGGGGGAAGGCGGCGCCUGGAAGUGUGUGUUCCCCUUGGGGCUGAGCAGAUGGUCCUGGUGGCCCCGGCCCGUCGGACACGGGCGCCAUAGUCUGGACGUAAUCCCUCUUCCUUAUCCGCCGGGCAGGGGCUGACGCUGCUCAGGCCGCUGGUCUCCUUCUGUCGGACUUUCACGGGCACAGGCUUCCAGGGGUCCGAAGAUGCUGUCCAGCUACUCCGCCUGCCUUUUCUCGGGCGUGUGCACGGCCCUGGUCGCCGUGGCCCUGGCCUAUUACUUCUACUGGACGGCCGUUCUCGCUGAAGGACCCUGCACUCGCUACUGAGCGGCGACCAUGGGCCCGCUCGCCUACCUGAAGACGCAGUUCGCGGUGCACCUCCUCAUCGGGUUCGUGUUCGUGGUGAGCGGGCUGCUCAUCAACUCCGUCCAGCUGUGCACGCUGGUCCUCUGGCCCCUGAGCAAGCAGCUAUACCGCCGGCUGAACUGCCGUCUCGCCUACUCCCUGUGGAGCCAGUUGGUCAUGCUUCUGGAGUGGUGGUCCUGCACGGAGUGCACGCUCUUCACUGACCAGGCCACGGUGGACCGUUUCGGCAAGGAGCACGUGGUCGUCAUCCUCAACCACAACUUCGAAAUCGACUUCCUCUGUGGGUGGACUGUGGGACAGCGCGCCUGCGUGCUUGGGAGUUCCAAAGUCCUGGCGAAGAGGGAGCUGCUGUACGUCCCCCUCAUCGGCUGGACUUGGUACUUCCUGGAGAUCGUGUUCUGCAAGCGGAGGUGGGAGGAAGACCGGGACACCGUCAUCCGGGGGCUGGAGCGCUUGGCGGACUACCCCGAGUACAUGUGGUUCCUCCUGUACUGCGAGGGCACGCGCUUCACGGAGAAGAAGCACCGCGUCAGCAUGGAGGUGGCCGCCUCCAAGGGGCUGCCCGCCCUCAAGUAUCACCUGCUGCCUCGAACCAAGGGCUUCACCACGGCGGUCCAGUGCCUCCGGGGGACAGUCGCAGCCGUGUAUGACGUCACGCUGAAUUUCCGCGGAAACAAGAACCCGUCUUUGCUGGGGAUCCUCUACGGGAAGAAGUACGAGGCAGACAUGUGCGUGAGGAGAUUCCCUCUGGAAGAGAUCCCGCUGGAUGAAAAGGAAGCAGCUCAGUGGCUCCACAAACUGUACCAGGAGAAGGACGCGUUGCAGGAGAUGUAUAACCAGAAGGGCGUGUUUCCAGGAGAGCAGUUCAAACCUGCCCGAAGGCCGUGGACGCUUCUGAAUUUCCUCUUCUGGGCCACGGUCCUGCUGUCUCCUCUUUUCAGCUGUGUCUUCGGCGUCUUUGCGAGUGGUUCCCCCCUCCUGAUCCUGACGUUCCUGGGGUUUGUGGGGGCAGCUUCCUUUGGAGUCCGCCGGCUAAUAGGAGUAACUGAAAUAGAAAAAGGCUCUAGCUACGGAAACCAAGAAUUUAAGAAAAAGGAGUGAUUCCUGGCUGUGGUUGCGCACACGUAACCCGACGGCGGUGUCCAGUUAACUCAAAAACAGAACCACACACCCAGAUCGGAGGAAAAGACACUUAGAAACUAUUUUUCUUAUUAACUGGUGACUAAUCUCAACCAAUAAACCUUGAGCCAAGAGCAAAGCCGUCGGAAGGCCUGCGGACGAAGACGCCAGCGGCACCCCGGGCGGGGUCCCAGGGUCCCACGAGCCAGGCUCCGAGGGCGCCGUGCGUGCGGGCCCACCGCUGCGGGGGGCCGGGUCCCACCCCACCGCGACCUCGCGAGAAUUCUGCCUGCCAGAGGGAGCCUUCGGCCGCUUUCUCUUCUUAAACUUAGAUCCAUUUUUGGUUUUUACCAGUUAUUUUGGGAACUCCCCCUGCCCCCGCCUCCUCCCCUGACCCCAGCCAACCCUCCCCGGCCCUCCCGAGAACGAGGACAUGUCAGCCCCCAGGCCCACAAAGCACCUGCCCGUCCUGUCUUCACAUACGGGUGUUCUCGGGUGACCGGGGCGGGCCGAGCGCCAGGUGGCCGGGCAGGUGCCCCUGAGCUGGCGGUGGGGACGCCCCACCCCGGCUGCCUGGCUCCUCCCUGAGCCUGUGUGGAAGCACUUUACGUCUGUUUCUAAAGUGAUCCGCCCCCUGAGACCUCUGUCCCUCUUUUUCCCUGCUCAGUCCUCAGCCCCUCUACUGGGCCGCACCCCUGCCGCCAGCCCCGGGGACAGCUGCCCUGCAGCCCACGGGCCUCUUGGAUGUUGGUUUCAAAGAACGUCCCCACCAGACCUCCUCUCUUCUGGAGGCGGUUGGAGACUGUUCCCUGGGAGCUCGUCGGCUCCUAGGGGUUCUAUUUUUGCUGUUGGUCUGUUCGUGGCUGUCGUCUCCCUGAGAAGUAGAGGUGGUGGCCCCCCCUCCCUUCCCUGAGCAGGUGCCUGGGUGCCCGGGGCGGGGCUGGGCACCUCCUUGCGCAGGCUUCGCCUGGGAGCCCGGGAGCACUGCCCCGCCUCAGCUCCCCCUGCUGGGGGGUGUCUGCCAGGGUCCCGACUUCGCUGCGGCCCUGGGCGUGGGGCUCCCCAGCAGGCCUCUCCCCAGACUCGGCUCAAGCAUCCCGCUGUCCACUCGCUUGCAUCAGACUUCUUUCUUAAACCUCCCGCGUGCUGUUUUCAAGUCACACCCCCCUCGCCUUUUUUUUCCUUCCCCCCCUCUUUUUAGCAAAGGAAGGAAAAGUAACGGGUGUUAGCCCUGGUGCACUGGAGCCAGCGUGCCGAAUAGAGGCAGGUUGGGUUUUCUAGGAGAAAAGGUGGAGGAAAGAGGCAUGGAGAA